UACUGCCGGCGAUCAAUCUGCAUCCAGACGAGGUGGAAUUUACUUCCGAUCCCGUCAUCUCCGUUUGCUUUUGAUGCCCACUAGUAGCCUCGACCACGACAUAUCAGCACUAACUUUCCAGUAACAACUAAACAUGUCCCUCGAACAACCCGAACUCAAGCGGCUCCUGAAAGCCAGCAUUCAAGCUAAAGAGACAGCUUAUGCACCGUACUCCAACUUCCGCGUCGGGGCCGCUCUUCUCUGUGACGAUGGGACAAUCAUUCCAGGCUGUAAUGUCGAGAACGCCAGUUACGGCGCCGGGAUCUGUGCCGAACGUACCGCACUCGUCUCCGCCGUGAGCCAGGGAAAGAAGGAUUUCCGAGCCAUCGCUGUGUCCAGCGACGUCCCCUCCCCCUCGGUAUCUCCCUGUGGGAUCUGCCGGCAAUUCAUCCGAGAGUUCUGCAGCCUCGACACUCCGAUCUACAUGGUCGGCUCCAACUACACCGAGUCCGACAAGGAGGUCAAAGACGAUGGGGAGACGAUGGUGGUGAAGACACUAGAAGAAUUGUUGCCGAUGAGCUUCGGGCCCGAGUUUUUGGGCAAGAAGAAAGUCUGAGUAUUGAGUGUACUGAGCGUAAUACCAUGAGAACGGUUAGGGGUUGAAGUUCAGAGGCUCAAGAUCGGGUUGUACGUAUUGAUCGUAAUAUGCAUAAAGGGGAACCAGCCAUCUAU